GUCGGAUGCAACCGAGUCCACUCUUGACAUGGCAAAUGAUGAUGCCAAAGCCUCUUAGCUCCCAUCCUUUUACUGGAGUGGGUGUGAUCUUAAAAUAGUGUCUGUAAUGAGGGACCCUCAACAGCACUGCAAACCAAGUGCGGAUCCAGAUGGAUAGGAAGUGUGUGUGUGGCAUGAUGCCCUUUAAAACAACCGAAGGGAGUCAAGGAAACGAUUGGCCAUGUUUGACUGAGGCCUGAUGUCUUGUGAAGGUGAUAACAGUUGAUAUUUUUCUGAAUGAGUGGUGAAGAUGCUCGGCGGGGUUUAAUAGAGAGCAGCAUGGACGAGGCUGCCAGCCGGCUGGAGAGAGACCAUGUUCACAGUGUGUAUGAGAGGAUCGCACCGUACUUCAAUGACAGCCGCUACAAGGCUUGGCCCAAGGUCAAACAAUUUCUGCUGGAGCAGGAGCCUGGUAGCGUUGUGGCUGACGUAGGAUGCGGUAAUGGCAAAUACCUGCACAUCAAUGAAAGCAUCUUUAAGUUGGGCUGUGAUGUGUGUCGGCCAUUGGUGGACUGUGCUUGGAGUCAGGGCCACGAGGUACAACUUUGCGAUGGACUGCGUUUACCUUACAGAGAUGGAUGUUUCGAUGCAGUGCUCUCUAUUGCAGUCAUUCACCACAUGUCCACCAAAGAACGACGUAUCCGAGCAAUACAGGAGAUGCGCACCCUGCGAGUAGGAGGGCGAAUCAUGAUAUACGUUUGGGCGAUGGAGCAGAAGAGGCGCAAGUUUGAAAAACAGGACAUCUUCGUUCCGUGGAACCCCAAUCCUCCUCUAUCUCCCGCCCUCAGGGGACCGGGGCAGACCCGGCAUCGAGCCAACGGCACCCAAAGCGUCAGCGACGACACUUCCAGUGACAAGCACAGAAAAGUGAAAAGCACAUCAUCCGUGUUGGACGAUGGCGAGCUCACCAUGCCAAGACAGCAGAAACAACAGAGGCUUUGGUUCUUCUCCAGAUCUCUGGAUUCGGUGCUGGACUUCGGCAGCCUGUCCGUAUCCCGAUCCACUUCCGGCACUUUUCAAACCCCCACCGACGAAACCUCGGAGAGCAAAAGCCUGCGUGCCAGCGGCAGAGGUCUCAUCAGGCAGGUUUCUAACCUCUUUUCAUCUUCUUCCAGAACCAGUUUUGAAGAAGAUGUCUUUGCCUCGGACCCUCAUGAACAAGUCCAUAAAAUUGACAACGGCAGUGCUGGGAAUGGAAAUGAGACUCUUCCUGUGGAGCUUGUUCAUGAUUGUUCCUCUGUUCCGCUUCCCGAUUUGGUAUCCUACCAAAAAGACUGCAGCAAUGAAGAACACGAAGUAGAUAAUAUAGCAAACAGACAACAUCUCUUGCAGAGGCAAGUAAGCACGGCGUCUCUUAAGGAAACCGAAGGGAUGAAAGAAUGGAACGACGAACAGCUCAAGGACUCUUGUUUGCGGUACUACCAUGUAUUUAGGGAAGGAGAACUGACGCAGUUGAUCGAAAACCAUGUUGAUGAUCUCCAUGUUCUCCAAACCUACUUGGACCAUGCCAACUGGUGUGUGGUGGCUGAGAAAAUCCAAGUCUGGAAGGUUUAAAUCUUAUUUUAACAUUUUACGAUUGGUUUUUAAGCCUUUUUAAGGUAUUUUUAAGUAUUUGGAUGAGAAUUAAGAUGAUAGCUUUUCAGUAUCAAUGGCAAUAACAAGCAAAUGUAUUGAUGCUCUGACUAGACAAGUGAUGGACGCAAUUGUAUUUAUUUUAAACCCAUCAACACUAAUGCUAGACACGGUUGUACUAUAAAAAACGGUUUUGCUUAAUUUUGUUUGUUUUUAAAAGCAUCCCGCAGUUUGACUUUUACAAAAUAACAAAUGAUGACCUUAACUUGCACUAAAUUGAAUGGUGUAUUACUGUUAACCAACUUAAGCAAUGCCUGCCUGAAACAGAUAGCACAUUAUUCUGAACCAAACAAUGUGAGCACAUAACUAGUUUACUUCAGGAGUUUAUCUGUAGAGUCGUUGUUGUCUUGUGUUGUUAGUAAUACCAUAAAGCUGAGCUUAUGUGUUGUGUGGUCAAGUGCUUGUGGGAUGUUAAUCGAUUGCACAUGAAUUUAUGUUUUUAAAACUUGAACAUUUAAAUGUUUUAAUGCUGGUAUUGUUGCAAAUUGUGUAUGUAUGUAUUGGUGUUACUCAACCGUGUCAAUGUCGCAAUGCUGGUCUUAUUCCUUCGAACUUGAACCAUAUUUUUUUUAAUAUGUGGAUGUGCAUUUUGACUGUUAAAUAAAAUAAAAACACUAUAUUUAGUUUUUAUCUGACCAACUGGGACUGGGUUUUUACUUCUCUGGGGUUUACUUCUCUGUGGGGCGGUUUCCCGGACAGAGAUUAGACUAGUCCUAGACUAAAAUAAGAGCUUUCCAAACUGAAAACAACUUGCACUGACAUAUCUUAAAAUAUAUUAGUGGCUUAUGUUUUGCCUUAAAAUGCACAAAAGUAAUGAUUUUAGUAAGGCAUGUUUGUUAAAACGAGUUAUAUUUCCUAAUUAAAGGGAUAGUUCGGCCAAAAACUAUAUUAAACC